GGUCUUUCGUCCAGUCUGAGUCGAUUUGAAAAGGCUUCGCAAGAAGAACGAGGAGAAUUCCGCGCAGAGAUUAUGCGAAUGGUAGAAAAUCGGGUUGUCUCGCUUUUUGCAAGUCAUUUGGCGGAAAGGGGUGACAGUCAGGCGUCCGAUUUCUUGAUUAUCAAACGAAUGAUCACUGACGCACUGGACAAAUAUGAUGCCGAUAAAACCGGCAAAGUGGACUAUGCAUUGGAAAGUGCAGAGCGUUACAAAGAAAAUUCUCGGCUGGAAUCAAUUUUCGGUAUUCCAUUAUGGUACUCCUCAUAUUCACCGAGAGCAGUCAUUCAGCAUCGUCCUCUGGCAGCCGGUGAGUGCUGGGCUUUUCGCGGCAAGGGAUAUCUGACGAUCAAGUUAUCACAUCCAAUUUACGUUACUGAAGUGAGCUACGAGCACAUGCAUUCCACGCUACAUCCUGAAGGCGUCCUGAGAAGCGCUCCCAAACAUUUCCAGAUUUAUGUUAGUUUUCUUCUACUGUUGCAACAAGUACCUCCCACACAGUUUUUUUUUUUUUUGAAUUUAAUUAUCCUGCUGGAUGUUGAGUAA